AUGGCAGCGCCGGUUGCACUGCUGCCAUCUCCAGUUCCAGUGCUGGCCCUGCUGGCCAUGCUGGCCCUGCGGCUCAGGGAAUGGAUCAGCCAUUGCUUCGGGAGCGGCAUUGGCAUCCGCAAGGGCAUCGGCAUCCGCAAGGGCAUCGGCAUAGGCGUUGGCGCGCACGACAGUGGUGGCAGCAACAGCGGCCAGGCCAAGAGUAGUGAACGAGAAGAGCUGCAUGGUGAAAAGUUGUUUGUUGGUAGAAAUGAUAAGUGCGUUAUAAAAGAAGGGCAGAAAACGCUGCGGCGCAAUCUGGAGCGGGGCACGGACGAGAUUAAGACAGAGGCGCUGCAGCAAGUCAUCACGGGCACGCUGCAGGGAGAAAACUACGAGCAGCUCCUGAUGCACGUCAUCCGGUUUGUCAUGCCGACACGCAACAAGUCGCUCAAAAAGCUGCUGCUCUUCUACUGGGAGGUGUGCCCAAAGUACGCAGCCGACGGGACGCUCAAGCAGGAGACAAUUCUCAUCUGCAAUGCACUGAUGAACGACCUGCAGCACCCGAACGAGUACAUUCGCGGAGCCACGCUGCGCUCGCUGACCAAAAUGCGCGACGCCGAGAUUCUGGAGCCGCUGAUCGGCACGACGCGCGACUGCCUUGAGCACCGGCACGCGUACGUGCGCAAGAACGCGGUGGUUGCCAUCUCAUCGAUCUACCGCACGCAGCCGCACCUCAUCCCGGAUGCGCCCGAGCUCAUCCAGGCCUUUCUGAAUUCGGAGGCCGACAUGACAUGCCGCCGCAACGCACUCAACAUGCUGACGCUGAGCGCGCCGGCCGUCGCCGUGCAGUGGCUGCAGGAGAACGCGCAGCUCGCGGGCAGCUUCGACGAGCUCUUGCAGCUGGCGGUCAUUGAUCUGAUCCGCCGCGCCGCGCCCAGCUUUGGCGCGCAGAAGGGCCUGUUUGUGCGGUGCAUCUUCGACAUGCUCAGCGCGCCGGCCAGCUCAGUCAAGUACGAGGCGGCCACCACGCUGGUCAGCCUGACGGCGAAUCCGGCGGCAAUCAAGGCGGCCGCAGCGUGCUACAUUACGCUGGCGUCGAAGGAGUCGGACAACAACAUCAAGAUCAUCGUGCUGGAGCGCCUCGACCAGCUGCGCGCGCGGCACGAGGGCAUCCUGGACGACCUGGUUAUGGACCUGCUGCGCGUGCUGGCGGCGCCGGACCUCGAGGUGCGGCGCAAGGCGCUGGCCACGGUGAUGAAGCUGACAUCACGGCGCAACGUCAACGAUGUUGUGUCGAUGCUCAAGAAGGAGCUGAAGAAGACCGUCGACAACAGCGACUACGACAAGUCGUCCGAGUACCGGCUGCUGCUGAUCCAGACAAUCCACGCGUGCGCUGGGCAGUUCCCUGAGGUGGCCGCCGAGGUCGUCGACCUGUUUCUCAGCUCGAUUUCCGAGUUUGGCACUUCGUCGGCCACCGACGCCAUCAUCUUUGUGCGCGAGGUUGCUGAGAAGUUCCCUGCCCUGCGGCCUAGCAUCAUCGCACACCUGGUCGGCUCAUUCCUCGAGUUCAAGACCGGCCGCAUCAUCCGCGGCGCGCUGUGGAUCUCGUCGGUGGCUGAGAUCCGCGACGUGUGGACCAAGCUGCGCGAGGCCAUUGGCGAGCUGCCCCUUCUGGCAGCCGAGCAGCGCGAGGCGCUCGAGGCAGCCUCGGGCUCCAGUGCGCCUGGCGACGAGUCCUCGAGCCACACAAACGCUGCAGCCUCCACAAAGUCGUCGUCGCUGACGGUGCAGGCGUCCGCCGUGGUGCAGCUCGACUCAAAGCCGCCCCUACGCGCAGUGCUUCUGCACAGCGAUUUCUUUACCGGCACCGUGCUGGCCAGCACACUCGCGAAGCUGGUGCUGCGUUUCAGCGCGCUGCCCGAGCAGCAGCGGCCAGCUCAACGCCUGCGCGCUGAGGCCGUGUUGAUUAUGGCCGGCAUCAUCCGCAUUGGCCAGUCGGCCUUUGUGGCCACGCCCAUUGACGAGGACUCGUACGAUCGCGUGCUGGCCUGCAUCCGUGCGCUCGAGCACAUGGACGAAGACUCGGAGGUUCUCAUUGACGCCUUCAUUGGCGACACGCAGAGUGCCUUUGCGCGCCUGGUUAAGGGCGAGGCGACGCGCGCCGCUGAGGAGGCGAAGAAGACUACGCGCGAACGUGCCGUGCAGGUCGACGAUGCCAUCGGCUUCCGGCUGCUUGCCAAGAAGGGCACCCUGGCCACGGGCGGCGGCGACACGGCCGGUCGCGCGGCCGUGUCUAAGCUGGACAGCGUCGUGCAGCUGACGGGCUUCUCGGACGCCGUGUAUGCCGAGGCCUACGUCGAGGUCAACCAGUACGACAUCUUGCUAGACAUCAUGGUGGUCAACCAGACCGGAAACAUGCUGCGCAACCUGGCUGUCGAGUUCUCGACGCUGGGCGACCUCAAGCUGGUCGAGAAGCCGACGUCGUACAAUGUCGCUGCGUACUCGUUCUCUAGCGUCAAGGCCAGCAUUAAGGUGUCGUCGACUGAGACCGGCGUCAUCUUCGGCACCAUUGUGUAUGACGGCCCAGGCACCAGCGACAACCACUGCAUCGUGCUCAAUGACAUUCACGUCGACAUCAUGGAGUACAUCCGCCCGGCUCGCUGCGACGAGUCGCAGUUCCACGCCAUGUGGACCGAGUUUGAGUGGGAGAACAAGGUCAACAUGGCCACGACACGCGAGGCAGCCGAGAACCUUGACCUGCGCGCCUACCUCAAGCACAUCAUGAAGGCCACUAACAUGGCCUGCUUGACGCCCGACAAUGCCCUUGCCGGUGAUUGUGGCUUCCUCUCGGCCAACCUCUACGCUCGAUCGAUCUUUGGCGAAGAUGCCCUGGCCAAUAUUUCUAUCGAGAAGCCCACUGAGGACUCGCCCAUCACUGGCCAUAUCCGCAUUCGUGCAAAGACACAGGGAAUCGCACUGAGCCUUGGCGACAAGAUCUCGGCCGCCAAGGUCUCUCUGUCAACCGAAUGA